UCUUGUGCUCAACCUAAUCAUGGCUAACGCCAGCGGAGCCCUCACAAUUGCUGGUUCUCCAAAUCACACCAACUCACUCUUUCUGCUGACACCACCACUAACAUCGUCAUUGCCGACACCACUGACACCCUCAUCGUCCCGCGGUGCCAGCUCCGGUGCCCGCGUGCCACUGUCGGCAGUCCUAACCCCGGCAUCGAUGUUUGCACUCGGCGUCCUGGGCAACACCGUAGCCAUCGCGGCCCUGGCCCAGACACCGCGGGGCCGCAAGGAUGGCGCCUUCUACGCAUUGGUGUGCGGUCUGGCAGUCACCGACCUUCUCGGCACGUGCCUGAGCUCGCCCGUGGUGAUUGCCGGCUACGUGCGGGGUGGCUGGCCCGGCGGCGACGCGCUCUGUGGCUUCUUCGCCUUCACGCUGCUGUUUUUCGGCGCAGCCGGCAUUAGCAUCCUGUGCGCCAUGUCGGUGGAGCGCUACCUCGCCAUCAACCACCCGUACGUGUACAACCGCUACGUGGAUGCGCGGCGUGCCCGCGCGGCGCUCGCGGCGCUGUACGUGAUCAAUGGCUGCCUCUGCGCAUUACCCUGCUCUGGCGUGGGCCGCAGUGUGGCCCAGUUCCCCGGCACCUGGUGCUUCUUGGAUUGGCGCAGCAAGGAGCCGAAGCACGCCGCCUACAACUUCGUGUACGGUGGCUACAGCGCGGCGCUCAUCGCGAUCACCGUCUUCUGCAACAUUGCCGUGUGCCGUGCACUGCUGCGCAUGAAGCGUCGCACUUUCUGGCGCUCGUCGGUGGCGUCUGUGUCGGUGGUGGUGCCGCCGCCACCGUCCUCCUGUUCUUCGGCGUGCACCAGAACGUCACGCAUCUCCGCCGGUCCCUCCUCGUCCCCCUCUGUCGCCACUGCGUUCGCCCGAACGGUUCGGUUGUCCGUUAGGGGCAGUAGCGGUGACAAUGGUGGUGGAAGCAGUGGCGGUGGCACUGGCUCGCCCUUGGUUUGUCCGGAUUUGGAGCGUGGCGGUUCAUGUGCUCCAAGCAGCGCUUGUGAAGUCGGCGAAGCGUCUUCGUGCCGCCGGUGUUGUCGUUCGUCGACGCUCGUCCACGCUCGGUGGUCGUCGGCGUCAGUGCGAUCGCCCCGAUGCUCGACGCAGACCUGGACAUGCGGCUCCCUGACCUUAUCCCCGACCCGACCUCAAGCCGACCGCACGGUGCCACUCCUAGCUUCUCCAUUGUCGGUCCAGACACCACCACGGCGUCACCCCUCCCCCAUGGCCUCGCAGCCUGACUCCGUGACGUCAGUGUCUCUCAGCCGCUGUCUGCCGCUGAGCCGGACGCCACCCGGUCUCCUGGAGCAGGAGCAGGAGCAGUUGGCGAAGGUGUCCGGGGUGGAUGCGGAUCACGUGGAAAUCCAGGAGACCCAGGAGAAAGAGAAGUUGAUGAGCGAGUCUCAGAGGGAGUCAAGGCAAGACGCAACCCAGGAGACUGCCGGCUCUCGUGGUGAAGCCACUGGCUGCAGUGAUGGACAGCUGUUGGAGUCGAGCCGGAGGGGCCGGUGGCACCGGAGGGGCCUCUGGGCAUUGGGUCCCUCGGCCGCUGAGGUGCAGAUGUUAUGGCUCCUUCUGGUGAUGACGGUGGUCUUCCUUGUGUGCUCCAUUCCCCUCGUGGUGCGAAUCUUCGUGAACCAGCUGCACCGCCCACCGGUGGAGCGCCACAUCCCGCAUAACCGCGACAUCCUGGCCAUCCGCCUCGCGUCCUUCAACCCCAUCCUGGACCCCUGGGUCUAUAUCCUGUGCCGGCGGGGACUGCUGGGCCGACUCGUGCGCCUGUGCCGGCGACUAACGCGCAAACAUACGCCGGCCACGCAACGCCGAGCCAGAGGCACCAUGGUCUCCUGGAGGAUGUCCGUGGUGCAAGGAGAUGGCGAUGAUGGUGAUGGUGAAGAUGAUGGAGAUUGUGGUGCUGUCAGUGUUCAUCGCCGGUCGGCUGGGGUGCAAGAGGACGAUGGUGGUGGUUGCGGUUGUACCGGUGGUAGUUGCGCCACCACCAACAGUAGUCGUGGUUGUAGCGAUUGCGGUCAUGGUUGCGCCGGUGCCAUCGACGCCUGUGCCAGUGUUCUCUGUUGGACAUCGGUGGCGCAAGCGGAUGGUUGUGGCGAUGGUGGUUUUGCCACCACCAGCCGUGACGGAUGUCAAGGAGUGAGAGGUAGUAAUGGUGAAACGAUACAUACGAGAUGAACACAAUGAGAAACAAUACAAACGAGAUGAACACAAU